CAUGCGUGUCUCCACGGUCACACUUGUCCUAAUAUUUUCUAUUUUGCAAUAAAAUAAAAUGGGAGAAGUAAAACCCGCUAAAGUGGAAAACUAUAGCACGGGGACCGAUGCAAACACGCUGUUUGUAGAUGGGGAGCGGGUGCUGUGUUUUCACGGCCCGCUCAUUUACGAAGCGAAGGUGCUGAAAACAAAGCCAGAUGCGACGCCGGUUGAGUACUACAUCCACUACGCGGGUUGGAGCAAAAACUGGGACGAGUGGGUGCCCGAGAGCCGAGUGCUGAAGUACAACGAUGACAACGUCAAGCGCCGACAGGAGCUGGCGCGCCAGUGUGGUGAGCGCUCCAAGAAGGACAAUAAGAAAGGCAGCGCCAAGGCCAAGAAAAUGGAGCAGAUGCGCAACGAAUCUCGUGCCUCAACGCCAUCCAAGGAUAGCAACACCUCGCAAUCGACCGCUAGCAGCAUACCGACAGUUCCGGGCAACAAAUCGGACGCCGGGAGCACUAGCAGCACAACCACCAACAGCACUGGCACCACGACGACGAGCAGGGCCAACCGCAAGUCCACACAGACGACGGCGGCCACGGUACGACCUGGAACGCCCAGUGAGAAAAAAGAUGAUGAGACCACAGAGGACGAGGCAGUCACCCCGGUGGCGCCGAAAAAGAAAAGGAUGAGCGAACAGAGGCCAUCCCUAACAGGCAGCGAUGUGGCAGACAAGGCACCAGCGUCCAGCACCACCCCAUCCACUCCCACCACGGAGCCCGCUCCUUGCGUAGAAAGUGAGGAGGCCUACGCCGCCAAACUGGAGGUAAAGAUCAAGAUACCUGACGAACUGAAGCACUAUCUGACGGAUGACUGGUAUGCGGUGGUGAGGGAGCACAAGCUGCUGGAGCUGCCCGCCAAGGUAACAGUGCAACAAAUCUCCGAGCAGUAUUUGGCGCACAAGAAGUCAGUAAAGUCGACUAGCGCCAGCAAGGAGGUGGCCAUAAAUGAUGUUCUUGAUGGAAUUGUGGAAUAUUUUAAUGUAAUGCUCGGCUCCCAGUUGCUGUACAAAUUCGAGCGCACCCAGUACGCGGAUGUAAUGCAAAAACAUCCGGACACACCGCUGUCCGAGCUGUACGGAUCCUUUCACCUGCUACGCCUGUUUGUGCGGCUGGGAUCAAUGCUCAGCUAUUCUGCGUUGGACCAACAGUCCAUGCAGAAUCUGCUCGUACACCUGCAGGAUUUCCUUAAGUUCCUGGUAAAGAAUAGCGCCAUGUUUUUCAGUAUGAGCAACUUCAUCAAUGUGGACCCCGAAUACGUGCGAAAUGCUCAGUAGGCAAUCAUCUCUCUUUGACUUGAAGUAAAUAUUUUAUCCAAACAGUUUGCAAUAAUUUGAUAGUUGCUCCUAACAACUGGUUUGUAAAUUAAAACACAAGUAACAAUGUUUUGUAAUAAGCUAAUAGUAAUGCUAAUAAAAUGUCAGCACCUUGUAAAAAUUA